CAUGCUUUAAACCUCACCGUCAAAAUGACCUUCUCCAGAGCACUGCAUCGGCCGAAAAAGAUAUGCAGUCCGAAGAACCAAAGUUUGUCGUCCAACCUUUCCAUAACUGGAAUGGCAGCUGUACGUUGUUCGAACCAGUUCAGCUCGAAGGUCCACGCCUUCGACUGACGCCGACGACCGCGGACGACCUACCGGAGCUGUAUUCGCUAUCUCAUAAUCAGGGACAGAACGUAUUCGAACACUUUCCGUGGGGACCAUUUGAAAGUGUUGAAGAGUUUGAGCGUUUUCACCUGGGACCAAAACUGUUGGGAAGUCCCAAUGCCAUGAUGUUUACUGUGUGGCUAUUGCCACACGGUGACAAUAAAAACGAGGAGCUUAAGCGCAUCGGGGUCUUUGGAUAUAUCAACAUUGUUCCACAGCACAAGAAUAUCGAAAUUGGACCUGUUUGGUUGAAUCCCGGUACGCACGGUGCUGGGUUCGCUACAGAGGCAGGUUACCUCCUAAUUCGACACGCUUUCGAGAAUCUACAGUAUGUUCAUGUUGAAUGGAGAGCACAUCAUCUCAAUGUCGCCUCCAGGCAAUGUGCUGCAUCGAUAGGAUUCCAGCAAGAUGGAUAUUUGAGAAAGCACAUGUUGUUGCACGGGCAAUGGCGCCAUACUGUGAUUCUAACGAUCACGGACGAUGAUUGGAAGGAGGGAGUGAAAGAUAGACUUGAAGUAAAACUGUUAGCCAAGCUGCGGAACUGAGUAAUUUGUCUUAGAGGCUCACUUUAUACCGACUAGUUUUGGACAUCAGAUGUAGAGCAAUGGGUCUAAUAAAAUACCAAAGUCCGCAAAUGUUCUACAAUAGUCAAUAGACCCGGAUAAUGGGCUCCAUGCAGCAGUA